AUGUUGCCUGACCGAACCAUUCAAUUGAAAUCUCCGAAACUCGGAUGCAUCCCAAUUCGUCCAUUCCUGAUCUUCAUCUCAGUCCUCGGACUAUUCGGAGCACUUUCCUAUAUUGUUACUGAGCCACCAACUAUCAGAACUGUUGUCAUCACUGCAUUGGGUGUUGCAUUCAACGUUUGUCUAUUCUAUGGAGCUCUCAAGUACAACGACGAUACUCUCGGAUAUUCCCAAAAGUUUAUGGUUUUUUCAAUGAUCCUCUCGUGUGUCAUGCUUUGCAUUAUGCCAGUGUUCGUCACAAGUUUCAUUGCAUCGGAUUAUUACAAACAUACGAAAGUUGGAAUUUCUGGAGUCCCAUUGGAAAUUAGUGCAGACGUAGAUGAUCUCACCAAGAAACAACUAAUGGACAUUUUUGAUGAGAGAACUUUACUAGAAAUUGGCAGACAGAUCCCAGUAGAAGACAAGAAGAAAACAGCUGCAGAAAAGUUCUUGGGAGGAUUUGUUGCGGGAGAAGUCGUUGUAUUCAUGCUUAUCUUCUCUGCAUUACUGAACUAUAUGGUGUAUGUUAUGGUCAAACGUCUCCGGAAGUUCAUUGCAGCAAGAAAGGAAAUCGAUGGAAAUCAGUUUUUGGCGUGA